AUGUUUCGCCUGCUGCUGUUGUGGGGCAUUGUGGCUCUGGUCACAGCUCUAGAUGAGCGGGAGUUUGAUCCACAGGUGGCUCCACCCUUGAGAAUGGUUCCCAAACCCUAUCAGCUCUGGCGCAGUUUUGCCAGUCAGGUUCGCUUGGCUUUCAGUCGCUUUCAGGCCCAACCAAAGCCUCAUCCUGCUCAUCCCCCCACGGUCAAUACCAGAAUGGGAACCAGCACCACCUCGGAGCCAGAACUGCAGUUUUAUGGAGCCCUGAAUCCCAUCUAUCAGACGGGCAACUUUUAA